AUAAUAUGAAAUGCGAUAUCCAUUGUGGAACAAAAAUACUAACAUUAGUGUGUGGAGGUUUAAUUAUAGCCCUUGCAAUAUCAAGAUUUACAAAUCUGACAAUUGAACAUCCCUAACAAUUUAUCUUGACAGUUCAUUAUAUGUAAAAUUUUAUUUUUUGAAAUAGAUGGAUGGGAGCAGUUUUAAUUUUAGCAGAGUUUCGUUUUGCAUAUGUUCAUUAAAAAUUCAAAGUUUUGACAAGUUUUUUUGGAAGAGGAUUGUAUUGUUUCUUGUAAUUCUGAAUUACUAAUAAAGUUUGGGUACUUUAAUGAUAUCUGCUUUUUCUCCUUUGCAGAUUGCUACAGCCGUAGUAUUAUUUGUCGUUGGUUUAAUAUACAUAUUGCUGCAAUUAUUUGUAUAAAAAGAAUAAUGUCAUUCAUUAGAGUAAGAAAUUUGGGUGGAGUGCAGAGGAAGCAAAGAAUCCAUAUUAGAUUCCUUCUCAAAAUCAACCGAAUGCAUACCAACCACCUUAUUAAUCAAAUGUUAAUUUUUAAUAGGGUGGACCUGCGUUAAAGUGA